AUGUCGCGCUCCGGCAACAACCGGCACAGCCCGGGCGGCGUGCGCCGCGGGCCGGAUCCCUCCGGACUCGACCUGGCCCCGCAGGGUGUCCACCAGGGGCUGGAUCCCAGAUUCAGGUCAAACACUUUCCCGCUGGUGGGGGACGGGGCCCACGGCGGCAUGGCGCACAUGUUCGGCAACAUGCAGGGUGGCCAGCACACCUGUCACUGGGCACCAUCCUCCAUGGGUGAAGAGGGUGCCACGAGCCAUGCCACAUCCCAAACCCAUGGCAUUCCUAAUCUUAAUUCUGGCACAGCUGGAAAGCCAGCCAGGAAUAGGGAGACUGAGUGGGAGAGGGGAACUGCGGGCGAUGCACCACAUCGAAGAAUCUCCACUUCAGAACGGCGGAGGAGGAAGCGCAUCCCUACGCUGCUGCGCAAGUUGAGCUCGACAGAGCCGAGUUCACCCUGCCGGCCCCAUCGGCCCAGCUUCCGUGUGCAGCCCAUUCAUGAUGAAGCCACUUUUGCCAGCUGUGAGCUCAAUGGUCCAUCGCGUGCCACCAGCACAUCGCCAUCCGGCGCCUUUUUUGACCACAACUGGUCCGAGUCGACAAGUCCCAGCACGAGCUGCACAGGCUGCCUGCAGGGGACGAUGUUUAGCGGGGCUUUGGACGUUGGUGGUGAGGAAGUUGGAAGGAGGGAAGAAGGAGGUGGAAGGGGAGAGGAAGGUGGCGACAUCCAGAGGGUGGACUCCCUGAGCGACGUUGGGAAUCUGUCCCAGGAGGUGACUGAGGCGGCUGCCCAGGAGGUUGUGGGGAAGAAACAAUUAGUCAUUGACACUUCCAAGAAGUCGACAUCGCCAUUCAUGAGACUCGAAGAUUUCGAUGGACCCAUGCCUGGAGGCGGCAAGAGCACGGAGGGUGGCAGGACUGGUGGUGCAAGCUUUUCGUUCCCUGUGACGCCCCAGUCGGAGGAGAUCGUUUCGUUCGUGUCCGUGGACACCCAGGCGUCCGCACCCUUCAAUUCCCUCACCAUCGAGGACAGCGUCUUUUCACCCUUCCUGCCCAGCGAGCAUGGCGGGCGGCAGGCAUCAGGCUGGAAUUCGCCCGAUGCGGCUGAUGGCCCAAGCGGUGGGCAUCCAUCUACUGAUGUCAGCCGACCAGAGGAGGCAGGAAUGCGGGAAUCCUUCCGGGGAUCCUCCGAGAUGGAGUACUCGCCAUCUGGCUUUCUGGAAGCUUUCCAGCCUCGCACCUCCCCAGAUGCCUCCCACCAGCACAGCUUUCCAGAAGCUUCUCAGCAUCGCGGCUAUUCGGAAGCUUCUCGUCAGCACAGCUCCCCAGAUGCUUCCCAGCAGUAUGCAGGGGGCGGCAUCGUGGAUGACUCAUGGGAGGUCAUCAACCUGAAAAUAUAUCACAAGAAGGGCGCCACGGGAUUUGAAAUGUCCAAAGACCUUCAGGUACGGCCGGGGAACAUCUUGGCGGGCCGCUACCGCGUGAUCAACGAAUUGGACACAGCGGCCUUCAGCUAUGCGGUCUCAGCAGAGGACCUGCAAGCUGGCCAGUAUGUGUGCCUCAAAAUAAUCAAGAACAAUAAGGACUACUUUGAUCAGAGCCUUGACGAGAUCAAGCUGCUGCGGAUGAUCAACAACCACGAUCCGAACAAUGAAGCAGGCAUCGUGUGCAUGUACGACUGCUUCUACUACAAGGAGCACCUCAUCAUCGUGUUCGAGCUCCUGCACGCCAACCUUUACUCCAUGCACCGCCGGUGCCUGCGUUUGGGGCUGCCCACCUACUUCUGCCCGCCGCGCAUCCAGACCAUCUCCCGACAGAUCCUUAAGGCCACAGCCUUCCUGCACUCGCUGGACAUCAUCCACGCAGACCUCAAGCCCGAAAACGUCCUCAUCCAGUCACUGGACCCCUGUCGCAUCAAGAUCAUCGACUUGGGAUCCUCGUGCUUCACAACGGACCACCUUGGUUCCUACAUCCAGUCCAGGGCGUACCGCUCUCCCGAGGUCAUUUUGGGGCUGCCGUACUGCGAAAAGAUCGACGUGUGGUCCAUCGGGUGCGUCGUUGCGGAGAUGGCGACUGGCUACGCGCUCUUCCAGAGCGACUAUGCAGCCGGGGUGCUCGCGUGCAUGGAGAGCCUGUUGGGCCCACUGCCCGCCCUGAUGCAGGCGGAGGGCAAGUACAGCGCAAACUACUACACGCGGUCGGGGCGAAUUUAUCACCAAAAUCCCUCCACCCAGCAGUACGAAGUACUGCAGCCCCUGCCCACGGAUCUGAGAAGCUGCCUGGAAACUGACGACCAGCUGUUUCUGGAUUUUCUGUCGUUCCUGUUGGUAAUGGAUCCUGCAGAGCGGCCCUCCGCCGAAGAGGCGCUUAGACAUCCUUGGCUGCGGACCGAGCUAGGGUGCCCGCCCCAGGUGCCACCGGGUUUGUGA